AUGGAACUUUGGUGCCUUGAUCCAUCAUUAUGUUUUGUUGAUGCAUUUCAAGAUGUACAUUCAAUUGUUUUGGCAAGUGGUACAUUAUCACCUAUAAAUUCUUUUAUUUCUGAAUUAGGAAUAAAAUUUGAAAAAAUUGUUCAGUGUAAUCAAAUCAUUCCUAAGGAACAAAUUUUUGCAUCUGUUAUUAGUGUUGGUCCAAAAAACAAUGAUAUUAUUUGUACAAGAAAUGAAUUAUUAUCUCAUGAAAAAGGAAAUGGAACUAGUAUGUUAUUAGAAAUUGCCUCAUUAAUUGUUGAUAUAUGUGAAAAUGUUGCUAAAGGUGUUUUAGUGUUUUUUCCAAGCUAUUUAAUGCUUGAUCAAAUAUUAAAAAAACUUUAUAAAUCAAAUUUAAUGAAAAAAUUAAAAAAUGUUAAAUUAGUUUUACAAGAACCACGUAAAACAAGUGAUUUAGAUAGUAUAAUGAUGAGUUAUGAAAAAGCAAUAAAAUACCCAAGCACAAUAUCUCAAUCUUGUACAGGUGCUGUUAUGUUUGCUGUUUUUAGAGGAAAAUUUUCCGAAGGCAUUGAUUUUACUGAUGAUCUUGCUAGAUGUGUGAUAUCAAUUGGUAUACCAUUUCCUAACAUUGGUGAUCUUCAGGUGAAAGAAAAAAAAGAUUUUAAUGAUAAGUUUUGUGAUCAAAAGAAAUUAUUAUCGGGUGAAGAAUGGUAUAAAAUUGAAGCAUACCGUGCAAUGAAUCAAGCUUUAGGACGUUGUCUUAGACAUCGAAAUGAUUGGGGUCUUAUUGUUAUGGUUGACAAAAGACUACACCAAAUAGUUGAAAAUAAUUUACCUGAUAAAAAUAAAAUAUCUAAAUGGGUAGUUGAAAAUAUUAGAUCUUUUAAUAAAUAUGAAAAUUUUCAAAAACAAAUGAAACAAUUUAUUGUUGAAAGAGAAGACAAAUUAGUUUCAAAAAAAAGUUGA